GAGCCCGGGGGGGGUCGGAGCCGGCACCGCACCGCUUCGCCUUCGCUUUCCUCUGCCCCGGAGCAGUCGGCGCCGCCGGUCCCGGGCGCUGGAGCUGCGGGAGAGCCCUGGCCGGGCUGGCUUUGUGAACUCACACCAAUGGCCGGCAGGUACGUAGCAAGCUAGGAAACUGCCUCUCCGUGGUGCCUCCAACCCUGGCAUCAGCUUGUAGGAACUUCCCGCCGUUAAUUUUGCUCCGAUCAAGUUGCUGCCAAGGAUGCCGACGGCAAAUGGCCUGGCGGUGCCGCUGAGCAGCCUCCAGCAGCAGCUGGAGCUGCGCCUGGUCUGCUCCAAGUGCAGUGUGAAGGAGAACGACAUCACCUACCACCUGCGAGAUGUGGAGCACAAGUGCAUGUAUGAGAUCCUCCUGGCCCGCCGCCGCCGGAGCACGGUCUGGAGGAAGGUGUCCAGGCGGCCGGGCUUCCCCAAUCCAGCACGCUACGCUGUCUGCAGGUACUACGUGGUGGGUCAGGGCUGUAGGAAGCACAUGAACCAGUGCACCUUCGCCAGGAGCGCAGAGGAGGCCAUGGUCUGGAACUUUGAGAGGGACCAACAGCUGGAGCGGCGCCGGCUGAAGGCGGCUGUGCUGCAGGCACAGCUCGGGGGUGGCACCACCACCACCGCCAGCAUCGCCAGCGAGAUCACCAGUGAGUUUGGUGGGCAGUUCCAGGAGAUCUGCAAGCGUUGCUUCUUGGGCUGCCCCCAGCGCAUCUCAGCGAGCAGCCAGGGGUGGCUCUGCGAGUUCCACCAGAUCUGGGACCCACUCCUGGUGCACGUGGUGUUGGACGGCCGGCGCAAACAGCAGUACACCGCCAUCCGGCCCUGCCCCGAGUUCAUGCCGACCCUCAGCUACUGCCGGUUCGUCUCCAGGGGCCAACCCUGCAAACACAGCCUGAGGCGCUGCUGGUUCGCACACAGCGAUGUGGAGAUGGCCGUCUGGGAGGCUGAGAGGGAGCAUGGCUUGGUUCGUUCCGACCUGCUGCCGACUGCAGAGACCUGCAGCACCAACGGUGAGCUGCCGGCGCCUGCGCCCGUGCACUUCUACUGCCAGCUCUGCCUGGUGACCUUCAGCUCGCAGGAGAGCUUCGAGAGCCACUGCUCCUCUGUUGAGCACGUGCAGAUGCUCUCGGCAGACACCUCUGUCCAGUGGGUCUACCGCGCGCCACCACUUGGGCUGACCAAGUUCUCGCUGUGCAAGAGAGCGGAGGUGUGCGAGAUGGGGAACAGCUGCACCAAGGCUCAUUCCAAUGAGGAGUUGCAGGAGUGGAUCCAGAGGGUAAAGGUUGCUGUGAAGAAAAAGAAGCAAGCGCUGAAGGAAGGGCUGUUGUCCUACCAGGACCGGCUCAUCACCGAGUAUCGGAUGUGCUCCAACGAGGUGUUGAUUAUGUCUGAGCACGUCGAGGGCGUCAGCGUGGUGUGCGAGCAGCCCCUGCAUGUGCAGUCAGAGGACAGGAGGAUGAAGUACUGCUGGGGGUUCAAGGUCCACUCCCAGAUGCCUCUGCAGCAUGUGGCGCUACUGAAGCGGGAACCUGGAGUCAACUUCUACCUCUCGGUGGAUGGGCUUUCCCGGGGCCUCCAGUACGUUCGGGGGGAGCAUGUGGCCACUCUGCCUUCCUCCCCACGCACCGCGCUGGUGGACGUCUGCAUGGAGUGCUGCACACUGGGUGUCUUCGAGCAGUGGGUGGUGUUUGACUUUGGCAAACGCCCCGUCCUCAUUCAGAAGAUCAAGGUGAAGGUGGGCCGGCGGGACGCCCCCCAGCACAUCCCCGGCAACUGGGAGAGCAGCCGCCCCGUCAACUUUGUGCGAUGGGAUAGAGGGAACCGGAUCAUCGUUCGCAGUGUGCCAAGGACCAGUGAAGAUAUGGAUCUGCUGGCCAAGUACAAACCUCCCGCUCUCGCGUUGGGCUGCCAGCGGGAGGGUAGCAUGUCUGUUCCCAUCACCCAUCUCAACUAUCGUGAGAGGAUGCAUAGCUUCCUAUUCCGUGAGGAAGAAGCUGAACAGGCUCUGAUUGCCAAACUCAACCUGCGGGUCCUCGUCUUGCUGACCCCCAUGCUGGAAAGCUUCUCCAUGGGGAUGAAGUUUGCUCUCUCUGGUGAGCUGUUUGCUGAAGUGCCUACCCCUUAUAACCUCUCGCCGGACACAGACGAGGGCUACCUGCUGAGCAGGUCUGUGCCCACUGCUUUCCUGGCACUUGACCCACCUGUAGACAAUCGGGUUUAUGAGGUUAUUGUGGAGCAUAAAGCCACCACGGAGAAGACCAUCUGGCUACAGAUACCAAAGAGAUGCUGCUCCGAGCUGAACUUCAAGCCGAACACCUCCUACAGGGUGGAGAUCCAGUUCCAAAUCGACCAGCUGCUGUUCCGGCAGUGGCACCACGCUGUGGAUCGCCUGUUGGAUGAGAAACUGGUCUUACCAGAUGUCGCCAGUUGCUCUGUCCCCUACUGUCUUGGGUCACCACAGAAAGGGAACAGCAAGCAGAAACUAGCCAUCUCCUUCAUCACAGGCCAGACAACCAGCAACCGGCAGGUCCCACCUCUUCUCAUCUACGGGCCUUUUGGCACAGGGAAGACAUUCACCUUGGCGAUGGCCACCAUAGAGAUCCUCAGGCAGCCCAACUCGCGGGUGCUGAUCUGCACUCACACUAACAGUGCUGCUGACAUCUAUAUCCGGGAGUAUUUCCAUAACUAUGUGACCAAUGGGCAUCCGCGGGCUGUACCCUUGAGGAUUAUAUCUACUGACCGUCCCACCAACAUGACGGACCCCAUCACUCAGAUGUACUGUUGCCUCUCGCCAGACCAGCGCUCCUUCCGGCACCCCACGCGGGCAGAGAUCGACAGGCACCACAUCAUUAUUACCACCUCCACCUUAUCAAAGAACUUGAAGGUUGAACCAGGCUACUUUACCCACAUCAUGAUUGACGAAGCUGCUCAGAUGCUGGAGUGUGAAGCGUUGAUUCCACUCUCGUACGCCACUUUUGAGACCCGGAUUGUCCUCGCUGGGGACCACAUGCAAAUAACCCCAAAGCUAUUCUGUGUUGGGAAUGGACAAUCUGCUGACCAUACCUUGUUAAACCGACUCUUUCAGUUUUACCAGAAGAAGAAGCAUGAAGUGGCCAUGAAGAGCAGGAUCAUCUUCAAUGAGAAUUAUCGUUCCACUGCAGGCAUAAUUGAGUUUGUCUCCAAGCACUUCUACAUUGGCAAUGGCAAUGCUAUCCAAGCCAGUGGGAACAUCCCACCCCAUCCUGAAAUCUACCCACUUGUGUUCUGCCACGUGUCUGGCAUGGCUGAAAGGGAUAUGUCCAUGAUUUCUUGGCACAACGCCUCCGAGAUAAUACAAGUGAUUGAGAAAGUGAAGGAGAUCUAUCAGAGGUGGCCAGAUGAAUGGGGUGUCCGAGAUCUGAAGAGGAUCUGUGUGGUCUCCCAUGGGAUGCAGGUUUCUGCAAUAAGACAAGAACUGAGAAAGAAGCAGCUGCAGGAUGUCGUGGUAGAAAACUAUGAAAACUUGCCAGGGCGGGAGUUCCGAGUCAUCAUCAUCAGCACAGUCCAUACCAGCGAGAGUCUGCGUAUCUCAGCUUCUCACCAUUUCGAGUUCUUCAACGAAGCCAGAGUGCUCAACACGAUCAUGACCCGGGCUCAGUCGCUGGUUGUUGCCGUGGGGGAUGCCGUGGCCUUGUGCUCCCGUGGCCAGUGCAGCAAGGUGUGGAAGCGCUUCAUCCAGCAGUGCAUCGAGAAGGGGAGCAUCUUCCCAGAGAACCUGACCAUGGCCCAAAUCAAACAGGCUGCGUGCGACAAGGAGAGCUGGAGCAGAGGGAGCCCAGAAAGGGAUGAGGAGGACAGCGACACAGAUUCCUGGAGCUCUGAAGAUGAAAGCAUGAAUCCUGAUGAUCCUAUCCUCCAGGAGCUCUUAGAUGAGAGCAAGAACGUGCUGGUGACGGUGUCUGAAGAAGGGCUGCUGGAUGUGAAGUCUGAAGCUUCAGCCCAGUGGGAACGCAGGCAGGAAUAUGUCAGCUUCUCUUCCCAGAUGAUGCAGGACUAUCUGCACAUGCACCCCAAAAUGUACAAGAGAUGCGAGCUGGUCAAAGAAUGGUUUGACAGAGCGUCUGCCUUCACCCUCAAUGACUCCCCAGCGAUGACCAUUCAGAUCAAAGGCAGAGUUCACUGCGGGACAGCCUUCACCGGGGAUGAGGUGCUCGUGGAAAUCUUGCAGAGCAGCACAGCUGACAGCGGCAGCCACCGCCCUCAGGGGAAGGUGGUGGGCAUCUUCAAGCGUGGAGAGAGAGAACGGACCUUCAUCUGCAUGAUGGAUGAAUUUGAUCCCCGGGUGAUGAUACCCAUUGAUCCCACUGUCACCAAAAUAUUUGUCCCGGGGCUGAAAGAGAAACCCAACGUUAUUCCCAUCCGCAGGCUUGUCAAUGGAAAGUACCAAGUGGUCAGCUGCGAGAAGAUCAGCCAGAAGACGAGGAGAUGCCAAUUCUUCUGUGUCCAGGUUAUCUCCUGGAGGGAAGGGUUUUACUACCCUUUGGGGGUAAUAACGGAGAUUCUACAUGCAGCGUUGACUUUGGAAGAAGGCUUGAAGAUCCUUGAGUUGGAAUAUGGUUUGGAGAAGAAAUACCCACCUGCUGUCACCAGGGACUCAGCCAAGUACACCUCCAGCAGCAAACUAAACCUCACCAACGAAAAUCUAAAGGACUGUCGGAGUUACCCAACCUUCACUGUAGACCCCCAAGGUGCCAGGGAUUUGGAUGAUGCCAUCAGUGUUAGGGAUCUUGGGCGUCACUAUGAGAUUGGGAUCCACAUUGCAGACGUGGCUGGUAUCAUUCCCAAAGGCAGUGCCUUGGACCUGGAAGCAAAGAAGCGGGGUGUCACCUACUACGCUCCCAACCAGGAGCCUCUGUGCAUGUUCCCACCUCACAUUAGCCAAGAUGUCUGCAGCCUCUUGCCGCACAAAGAUCGCCGGGUGAUCUCCUUGUUUAUCACCAUAGAAAAAAAGACUGAUGAGAUGUUAAAAGAAGUCUUCACCACCUCUGUGAUCCGCUCGGACAGGCAGCUCUCUUAUGAAGAGGCAGAAGUCUGCAUUAAGGACCACUACAGGGGAGCGGGAGGCACACUUCGUUUCGAUACCCUGGAGGAUUGCAUAGCUGUGGCUUAUCACUUCUCUAGGGUCCAUCGGAAGUUUCGGCUGCAGGAGGACUGUUUCUACGACCGGCUGGAUGAGGAAAGCUCCCUAGGUAACAGGGGUUCCCAUCAGAUGAUAGAAGAGUUAAUGAUCAUGUUCAACAGUUUUGUGGCUGAGUUCCUCACCAACCAGGAGGACACCAGGAGUGUCACUCCUCUGCGCUGUCAGUGCGAGCCAAGCCCUCAACAGUUAACAGCAAUGAGAGAGAAGUACAGCCACAUCCUUCCUUUAUCCAUCCAUCUCUCACACCACUUGGGGGAGGUGCCUCCUGCCCAAGACUCUCCUAAAAUUGUGACGUUCAGUCUCCUGGCCCCUAUCUGGAAGCAUCUGCAGUCAGCUGCUAAAGUCCGUGACUUCCACAAGAUGCUAGACCUUAUCGUUACUGAUGACAUCCACCCAAAGCUGGCCCCCGUGGCCCUGGAGUUCAGAAGACUGCUCGGUCGCUCCUAUUUCAGUCGCUCCAACUCUACCGUUCAGUCUAAAGCGGGCCAUUACUCCCUGCACGUUGACUCUUACACCUGGGCUUCCUCUCCCAUCCGCCGUUACGUGGAUGUUGUGGUCCAGCGACACCUUCAUUCCGUGCUUCGCAAGAAGCCCAUCAUCUAUUCUGCGGAUGACAUUGACCUUCUCUGUCAUGACUUCAACAGAAAGAAUUCCCAGGCAAUGGCGUACGAGAAGAGAGCCCGCUGCCUGCAGAUGGCCACCCAGCUGAAGGGCCAAGUCCUGCAGAAGAUCGCCUUUGUAGUGGAUAUCACAGGGAUGAGCAAGGAUUUUAAAGCUCUGUUUCCACUGAACAAAGAGAGUCUUCCAGAUCCCCAGAUAAUCAGCUACAGAUCCCUGCAGCUGAUAGAGCAGCCCACGUUUAUCCAGCAGCGCAACAGCAUCAGACUGAUGUGGAAGAGGAGGGUGUACUCUGCAGAGUCAAUGAAGGACCACAGACUGUGGGAAGGACCUCUCCACGACCUCAGUGUCAGCCUCUUUGGCACGCAGACUUGGCAAGAUGUGCUCACAGCCAUCAAGAACGAGGAUUUUGAGACUGCGGCUUCCCUCCUGCAGAAGAACAAGAAGCUAUACCAGCGGCACAUGGGCUGGGUACAGAAGAGCCACUGCUCGCACUACAUGGAGCUCUCCCUGGAGCUGACCGCCGGUGAUGCGCUGCAGUUCCAGCUCACCACUGAUGUCUGCCGGGGUUUCCUGGUGCCCUUCGUGCAGCUGUGGUGUGUGACGCCGGGUUUUGACAUCUGCCUGCAGCACACAGAAAAGCCUAUUGAUUGCUUCUCCGCCUACGCCACCCUGCCAUCCAAAGACAGGUACAAGAACGCCAUGGAGUACAGCAAGGUAUGGAUGCCUAUGAGCGCCAUGGAAUCUGCUUUUUGUGCGGUGGCUGAAAACGACUCGAUUGUCCUCCACGAUGUCAAAAUAAACUGGGCAAAGCAAAGGACGAGCAAAGGGCAGCUCCAAGGGAGUUUCACUCUAACCAAAAGAUUUUUGGAGGACUGCUCCAUUGAUGUGGACUUCUGCCAUUGUUACUUGUGCAUUCGCUUAGGUGGGCUGAAGGUUGGGAGCUUUCAAAGCGACGAGGAAUGUCUUAGCCAAGGCCUCCAGAAUCUGACUUUUGUUAACAAGGGCAGGUCAGAGAGCAGACUCGUGAUUGAUCCUGAUACCUACACCUGGGUGGCUCACGGGAUCACUGAAGAGUUCAGCGAUGAUGAGAAGUCAGACAGAUCUAGUGAGCAGACCAUAAAUUUUUACAUCCACUAUCUGUCUAUGGAGAAAACCCCUGCGGAGAUCUCGCAGGCCUCUGCCAGGUUCACGGUGGAGCUCAUACCAAAGAUGCUGCCAGACAUACGGAAAGAAAAGGCAAUUUGGAGGCUCAAGUAUGCGUCCGAGCUUGCUAAAAGCAUCGCCCUGGGCCACGAACCUCCUAAAAAAGCAGUGACAACGUCCAAAAUCCUGCAGCAAAAAACCUUUGAUCUUCCUGGCAGCCGCAGGAAACUCAACCAGAGUCAGAACCGGGCUAUUCUAGAUGCUCUAAGAAAACCCUUCACGCUCAUCCAAGGCCCACCAGGCACAGGGAAAACUGUUGUUGGAACUCACAUUGUCUACUGGUUCCAUAAGCUGAACGAGGAGUGUGUCGAGAAGGAGCAAACGCCAUCCUCUGAAGAAGAAAAGUGCAUCUUGUACUGUGGCCCGUCCAACAAGUCUGUUGAUGUUGUGGCUGAGAUGCUGCUGAAGAUGAAGAACCUGAAGCCACUGAGGGUUUAUGGGGAGGCCAUUGAGGCAAUGGAAUACCCUUACCCAGGGAGCAACCGGCACAUCAGCCGCAAAGCCCUGCGGGAUGCAAAACCAAAACGUGAGCUCAGCGAAAUAAUUCUGCAUCAUCGCAUCCGGCGGCCACCCAACCCUCGUUGGCGUGAGAUCUGUGACUUUGACGCUCGGAUGAAGAGAGCAGAGCAGAUAACAGAAGAAGAAACAAAGAAGUACAAAAGUCAUUUGGCAGUUGCUCGUAGUUAUGAACUGAUGAACCACAAUGUCAUCCUGUGCACGUGCUCCGCUGCGUCUGCCAGCUCCCUGGAGAAGCUCAAUGUCAAGCAGAUAAUCAUCGAUGAGUGUGCCAUGUCCACAGAGCCUGAAACCCUCAUCCCCUUGGUCAGCCACUGCUAUGCUGAGAAGGUCGUUUUGCUUGGGGAUCACAAACAGCUGCGGCCCGUGGUCAACCAUGACUUCUGCAAGAGUCUUGGCAUGGAGAAGUCUCUUUUUGAGCGCUACAGGAAUCAGGCAUGGAUGUUGGAUACCCAGUACCGCAUGCACAAAGCCAUUUGUGAGUUCCCAUCCCAGGAGUUUUAUGAAAUGCGGCUGAAAACGUGCCCCCACCUUCUUCGCAACCCCAGUGUCUUCCAUCACAAAGAUAACAGCUGCUGCCCUAUCAUCUUCGGGCACGUGGAGGGGAAGGAGCAGAGCCUCAUGGUUUCUACUGAGGAAGGAAACGAGAACUCCAAAGCUAACCCAGAACAAGCGGAGCAGGCGGUAAGGCUGGCGAAGCAGUUGACACUAGAUGGCACCAUCCGGCCAGAGAGCAUCGCCAUCCUGAGCCCCUACAGCGCCCAGGUGUCCGAGAUCAGCAAGAGCCUCCUGAGAGAGGGCAUCUGUGGGGUGACCGUCUGCACCGUCACGAAGAGUCAAGGAAGUGAGUGGAGAUACGUGAUCCUGUCAACUGUCCGCUCCUGCCCCCGGUCAGAGAUUGAUAGGAAGCCCACAAAGAGCUGGCAGAAGAAGUACCUGGGCUUUGUUACCGACCCAAACCAGAUCAAUGUUGGCAUCACACGAGCUCAGGAAGGACUCUGCAUUUUAGGGAACCGGUACCUCCUGGAGAGCAACGUUUUGUGGAAGAGACUGCUUCAGCAUUACCGACAGCACAAAUGCUAUGCUGCAGCACAGGGGAUUUUUGUCAGGAAGACUCCAGCCUUCCGCCGGUGAGGAUGGGUCAUUCCUUGAUGAGUUCAUCCCUCUUUAUGUGAACUGCGUUACGUGUGCCUUGGGAAGGACGCAAUCUUUCCAUUCCUUAAUGACCCACGGAGCCAAAUGCAGUGGGGGAGCCCAGAUCUUCCCCUGCACGGUGACAGCUCAGCUUCUGCACGGGCUUUGGCAUCGUGGGGUUUUUAAUCAAACCUUGAACAGGAACCUUCAGCUCUAGCAAACCAAAAAGCAUUGGCAAUGGGUGGAUGGGGGGGUGACUUUAUUGAUGAUGAUGCUAUUUUUUAACUGUGAGAUGCUCAGCGGAGCCCCCAUCCUACCUGCCAGCGCAGCUGCGCAUUGGGGACCAAACACUCAGUCCAUUCAUCACCAGUGGAAUGACUGAUUUGCCAUAGAGGACCAAAGCUUCGGAGUGCCACCACUCAUCAUAAAACCAAGGCCAGGGGAUUUUUAAGGCUUCUCAUUUCUCAUAGCAGAAAAAAACAUUUGGGGAGGGGAGGAUUUUGUUGUUUGGAUUUUUAAGUGAAGGAAGAAAGCAAAGAGAGAACCACGUACCACUCUUUGUGUAGCUCGCUGUUCUCUGAGCUGUAAAUAUCACAGAGCCAAGGCCAAGUUGAUUCUGUAAAUAGAUUUAUUCUUUAUAUGAAGGAGGUUGUCUCACCAGUGUGAAGUUAAUGAAAACCAAGGACCGCUCCUACCAGAGAACAUUGGAAUUUGUACUCAUAUUUUAAACCGUGCUGGAUUUUAUUUGAAAUCUCUUCCAGCAAAAGCUCCCCUUCCCUAUCCCAGAUUUUUUUAAAAGCUGCUUCUAAUUUAUUACUUUUUAACUCUGUGGAUUUGUUUCACAGUCUUACGGCCUGACUUUUUAAGAACAGUGAUGUAACUUUGAUAAAUGUACCACGGCAUAGGUGUGUAUAAUGUAUUUUUUUAUGUUAAGUAGCCAAACUGCUGUAAACUGGACGCUGUGACUGGCGAAGGCUGCCUUCGCCCUGUAACGCGUGGCUGAUGCAGACACAUAGUGGUGAAGUGGUGCUCUCUGCUGAAUCACAGAGCUGCUGUUUGAAGCAUGGUGGUUUUGAGGGAGGGGUGAUGCCCUUUCUCUUGUUUCAGUUCUGAAUGUAUGAAGUGCCUGCCUCAGCUUUCCCGAAGCUCACAGGCUUGGCUGUCUCUAGAUGUUCAUGUGCGAUGGAGCCAAGAUGCAGUCAUGGGGCAGUUUUGCUCCGAGUGUGUCCUGUGCUGGGCCACAGGUCCUCCUUGGCGUGAGGGACGGGUCCCUGUGACUUCGCGGUGCUAUGGCAGGGAUGAAUUUUGUCCUGUGUUUGUAACUGAAAAUACAGCUUGGCUCUUUCUAGCAUGGAGGAAUGUGCAAUAAGAAAGCGUUGUGUCUGUCAAAGUCCUUAUUGAACGCUGUGUUUCUUCUCAUGGCUCAGUCUUAGAUUUGACUGAAGGACCUAUGGAGAAAUUUUGUUGUUUUCUUCCUUAUUUUAUACUACCUUCCUGCACUUCAGCAUUGGGUGGGUUUGCACACUAGAAUCAUGGAAUGGGUUGGGCUGGAAGGGACCUGAAAGCCCAUCCAGUUCCAACCCCUCUGCCAUGGGCAAGGACACCUCCCACUGGAUCCGGUUGCUCAAAGCCCCAUCCAACCAGGCUUGCUCUUGUAGCAUAAUAACGGGCAGGUGGCUGGUGAGUCCAGACGGGACAAAAGUCCCUAGGAAGCACCUCGUGCUGGUUCUAAAGAUGCUUGAUAAAAAAGCUGGUAAGAUGUAAAGCCCAUUGUUCCUCUUUGGAGUCAUCCUGGCUGGGAUCUUAAAGAUUCUGCACCAGCCUUAUUUUGCAAAUAAUGUUGCAAUUCCAAAAUAAGCUGGUAUGAGAAUAAUUUUCUGGGCUACUGAAAUACAAUUGUGUGUCUCCAAGAUGAGGGAAUUGCAAGAGAUGCUGAAAUUGCUGGGAUAAAUACUGUGACACCAGCCUCACUCUUCUGACAAGGUCACCUUUGUCCCUUUAGAACCAACAGGUCUCGUUUUCAUUAUCUUAGAUCUGCAAAGAGUCUCUCCCUUGUUUUGUUUUGCUACUUAUUUCAUUACACGUGACACAAAUGAGGAGUCUCGCUUAGGAGUCUGCACUCACAACCGUAGUGGCUUAGUCCAACGCUCUUGAGUGGGGUCUGGCAUGAGUUUGGGUAGACCGAGAGGGAGACCUUGCAAAGCAUCUCUCUGCUCUCAGUGGGGAAAAAAUGUUUACUGCUACUCCUCAGAGGGUAAAGCCGAGACUCAAACGCUUUCUUGGUCACCUCUGUGUUGCAAGACAACGUGCAUUUUAUUUUUUGUUUCUCUGAAGAUGCGUUUUGUAACGGGUAUUUAGAAAACGCUGCCUUGGACAACCCAGCAGGAGGAACAGCCAGACUGGGUCUUGGGCUGUUUGGGCUGCGAGCAGAUACCUGCAGAGUUGGUUGCGCAGCUGGAAUAGUCAGGGAUAGCAGAAAGUGCCAUUAGUUGAACUUUUUAUAGACUGUUAGUGACAGUGGAAUGUCCUGUUCUUGUUGUUUUACUCAUGGAUAGAGAGAAUCAUAGCAGUUAAUAGAGAAAAAAGUGCAAAGUAGUCUGGUUUCGCUUGCACACAGAGCUUUGUAUUUACAUUUGAAAGAAUUUUAUGUUCAAGCACAUGUUCUUAAAAUGCUUAAACCACAAACCCACCAACCCUUUGGUGAUUCCAGUAGGAAAGCACUGUUGGCACAGUGCACAGGGUACCUGUCCAAUCACAGGCUCUGCGUUUUCUGCAGCUCACAGACAAAAGAACAUUGGUGCAGGACACGAAUGUUGGCUAAUCCGACAGGAUCUCUUGAUUUCCUUGGUACUGGCUAGAGCUUGAGCCCGGGCUGAGCCAGGGGAACCUGUGCGUGUAGAAAGCCUAACGUGGUCACAGCCAUCACCCUGCAUCCCACUGGGACUGGGAGGGAAAGGCAUCCAGAAGUGGGAAAUCUCUCCUUGGCGCCAGCUGGCAGAUAGGAGCCCAUGGGGCUGCUUGUGAGAAGCUGGACGGAUCUGUGUAGGACAAUCAAUUUACUGCAAUAAAUUGUUGGGUUUUUUAAACUAGAAAUGAAACUUUAAGUGUCAUGAAGUGUAAAUAAAGGAACGUUAACUGUGGCAGGUUUUUAUCUUUUGUAUGUCUGUGACUUGCAGCAAACCUCAGAUAACGUUUUGGAUACAAAUAUUUUUACCUGCUUCUACUGUUUCUAAGAAUGAAC